CAUUCUGAUAAUUGCUGCUUAAAGUGUUGGUGGAGUUAGUAGCUCUUUAGUCACGUAUAUAUAUACACUUUAAAUCUUCAGUGUUUUGUGGGUUACCUGGUUGCCGAGAGGACAGGAUUCUGUCUAUACACACACGUUUUAUUAUAAACCAUGUUACUUCUACAGACCAACUGGGCAGUAUCCAACUGGGUAGCAGCAGGACGAAAACCUUCACCCUCAAGUCCGUCAAAGCGCGACCCCAGCCUCAUAUUACCUAGUUAAUGGGCGAGACACCACUCCUGGCGGUUGUGGGAGUACUCACCUUGUCAGUCGCUGGCAUUAGUCUCAUAGACCACAGUGCACUAAAUUGCAGUUCCUCGUUAGCCGUCCAUCUUAUCAGCAUCAAAUGGCGAGUGCAGGAGACGCAGGAGCUGCCAGACCGCAGGACAACAUAACAAAUGCUUACGUGAAGGCGGCGCUGACGGCGGACAAGGGCAGCGAGGCCGACCUCGUCUCCUGGAGCGUUAAAGACUUUACCCUCAAAGGCGACAACUACGCCACCAUCGUCACCAGCGUCAGCGUCAAGUUCUCACUGGCAGGGAGGGAGUCGACGUCCUCCUAUGUGAUUAAACUCAAACCCCAAAUGCCUCCUGGUGAAGUUUUAUCCGCGUUUUUUGCAGCAAUUUUUAAGAAAGAAGCAGAAUUUUUCCAGGAAAUCCUUCCACUACUCAACGCUGAACUAACGACGCUAGGACUCGACUGUUUACGGAUAGCGAAAUGGUUCUACACUUCAUUAAAAAAGGACGAAGAGAUGAUUUUCCUGGAGGACCUCCGCUCACUUGGGUUUAAAAUGCUGGACUGCAAGAAGGGAAUGGACGUGGCCCACGCCACCCUCGUCCUGCAGGAGCUGGCCAGACUCCAUGCCGCCUCCCUCCUGCUGAAGGCCACGGCACCCGAACAAGACCUGGCAGACAGGUUCACACACAUUAAAGUUGACUUUAUGAGUUUCCCGGAAAACGUUAAAAAACAUUUCAGUGAUAUGAUUUCUACCUAUAUGCAGUGUAGUAGUGAAUUAUUACACAACAAGGAAGGCUAUGAGGGAGCAGAGCAGUGGCUCGACAAAUAUAAGACCAAUUGCAUGGAUCUUCUUGAGCUCCAGCUCGCUAGAAAUUCCAAGUUCGACGUCUUAUGCCAUGGAGACUGCUGGAUCAACAAUACGCUCUUCAGGUAUAACGAGGACGGUGUUCCCGUUGAGGUGAUGCUCCUUGACCUCCAGUUGAGCCGUGUGGCCUCCCCGGCCACCGACCUCAACUACCUCCUCUACACCGGCCUCCACGGCAAUGACAGGAAGGCCAACUGGCGAGACUUCCUCUCCUCCUACUACGACACCUUCCGGGGUGUGAUGGAGGCCGGUGGAAGGAACAUGCCUUUCACCCUGGAGGAGCUCCAUCAGGAGUACAGAGACAAGAUGGAAUACGGAAUCAUCUUCGCUACAUUUUUUCUACCGGUGUUACAAGGCGAGAGGGAAGAUGCGCCUGAUGUAAUCAACAUGAAGAAAGAAAAUAUGCCAAACUUACUGGAACAGACACGACAAGUUACUAGUAAUAUGAUGGAAAAUAAUCCAGAUUUUCGAUCUCGGUUCCUCGCCCUGUUUGAUGACCUGAAUCAUCGGGAGCCAAGAUGUCACAGCAUUGUUUAGCAAGCAGAA